AUGGUCUCCUGUGUCCAAAAGGAAGAUGUAGAAUCUGUGACAUUCCCCAAAAGAAACAUUUCCUGCAUCCAGGAAAAAAAUAAGUAUUUCCCUAGCAGAAAACUGCACUGCGCUGAGUUCAUUCUCUUGGGUUUCACCAACCGUGCGGAGGUGGAGAUCUUUGGGCUCUUCCUGCUCAUCUACGCCACCACUUUGGUGGGGAAUGCUGGCCUCGUUGUGCUCGUCCAGCUCAAUGCCUGCCUUCAUACCCCGAUCUACUAUUUCCGAAGCAACUUAUCUUUCUUAGACCUUAGCUGUUCAUCUGCCAUUGCUCCCAAGAUGCUGGUGAAUCUGCUAGCACAGCGGAAGACCGUUUCUUUAAUUGGGUGUGCAACACAGAUGUUUCUUUUUGCUGAUGCCAAGUGGCUCAUUUUGGCUGUGAUGGCCUAUGACUGCUAUGUGGCCCUAUGUCAUCCUCUUUACACCGUUGCCAUGUCCUGCAGGGUCUGCACCUCCAUGGUAGCUGGGGCUCAUCUCAGUGGGGGUCUGACCUCACUGGUGCACAUGUCUUUCACAUUCAUGUUGCUGUUCUGUGGCUCCAAUGUGAUCAACCAUUUCUUCCAUGACAUCACGCUGCUGGAGCUCUCUUGCUCCAAUACACGCAUCAACGAGGUCCUCCUCUUCACCCUGUGUGGCCUUAUACAAACCACCACUUUCCUGACCACUGUUGUCUCCUACGCCUGCAUCGUCAGCACCAUCCCCUGGAUCCAUGUGGCAGGUAGCAGGCAGAAAGCCUGCUACACCUGCACCUCGCAUCUGACGGCCGUCGGGUUAUUCUAUGGCUCCCUCCUCUUCAUGUAUUUAUGGCCCAGCUCCAGCUACUCGCUGGACGCAGACCAAGUGAUCUCUGCGUUUUAUACUGUCGUCUUUCCCAUGCCGAACCCCCUCAUUUACAAACUGGUGAAGGAUGCCCUAAGGAGAAGAAAAGUGCUGGUGAAGGAGAUGGGGAACGGCAGCUGCCCCCCUGCCAGGCAGGCAAGUGUCCUGGUCUUGGAUGUGGCGAACGAUGGCAGCAUGGCAAUGGUGCCCUUCCGCUCCGGGGAGGAGGCAGAGGCCGAGGCCUGCCUGGCCGGUGGGGAUUCCUCUGUGUCCUACCAGAGGAGCGACCGCGCAAAUGUUUACCCUGGGGCUCGUCAAAUCCUCGCUGUCGUUCGUUUGUACGCGCUACUGACACACAUCAACCAGCCCCCGCGAUCUUGGCCAGCACCCCUCAUUCGCCUCGGCGUGAAGGCAUAA